AUAAACAGAAUUUUCUAACCUCGUUCUUUUUGAUAUGUUUUUGAAUUUUUAACUCUAUGUUUUUGAUGCACACUUUUAGUUUUUAGAUUAUUUUAUGGUUUUUAGUUGUUUUUAGUACACACUUAUUUUAUAAAAUGGAUAGAAAAAUGUUGAAAAAUACUGCUGAAAGACUAAACAUUUACGAUGAAACAGUAAUAAACAAAGCCGAAGAAUAUCUCCGAAUAUAUCAUGGGAAAGGUGGCAUUAAAACACUUAAUGAUCAAGCUAAAACAGUACUAUGUUUUGAUUUAGCUUCGACUUUUUUGGGUAAAGUUUUUGAUAAGGAAGCAGCAUUACCCUUGUCCGGAUUGAAGAAGUCUCAGUAUUUAAAUAAUUUAAACACCGUUGAAAAGUUGUUAGAUCUAAAAAAGGAUAUAAAAAUAUCAGAUUUAUGUGUUCAGUUAGGUUGUACGGCAAUUAAAGAUGAUGCAGAGGAAAUUCUGAAUAAAUAUAAACAAUUAGAUAAGAAGAUAAAGGAUUUUGAACAUCCACAGUAUAUGGCAGCCGCUGUAUAUAUAGCUUGCAAAGCCAAGAAAGUAUCAAUAGAGAAAAGUCAUAUUAUUUCAAUUAGCCGUUUAAAACCAUCUCAAUGGAAAGAAUUGGUUAGUGAAUUUGAACAGUUAGGUUUAACAAAGGCCAAUAUGAAAUCUGUAUCAAAGGGACAUAUUGAAGAAGACAUUCAGAAUACAGAACAGUAUCACACAUCAAAGACUGAACAAACAGAAGAAUAUGAAGAGUAUGAAGUAUGGAAAAAAAGAAUAUUAGAAAAAGCCUAUGCUGCUUUAGAAAAGGAAAAAGAAGCAACACUUAUGCAAGAAUAAAAACAAAAACGCAGGUUUGUUUGUACAAAAUAUAUUAAUUUCAUAAGUCAUAAAACAUAAAGGUAAAAUGAUAAAUAAUCUUAAAAUAUAAUUACUUAGACUUAACAAAGUGAGUAAAUAAAGAUGUGUAUAAAAUAUUACUUAA